AGCGUUAAUACGAGAGCAGCGUAAUUUGCCGUAAGCAAGUUACCUCUCCGCCCACCGAUGGUUGCCAGGAAAAUAAGGACUGAACGGGAAAGAUACAAACAAAAGCCGCCCGCACCAACAUCAGGCUUGAUUUUCGACUCUCCAUCAACGACCCCGCGACCUUCUAACCAAAGCAGCAUAACUCUCGCCGACAACCUUACGAGGCCCUCCCUCGCUGUCUCCAUAAUGGAGGACAGGAUCCAUUUCGACAUUAACGACUCGCUCAAGUACUACUUGAGCGACCCAACCUCCGUUCCGACAUCUGACGUUGACCCGGAGCUGCUGGAUUUUGAAUCAGAGCCAGAGCAGCUCUCAAGCACGGUCGUCGACAAUGUAUUGAAUCCAAUCGUGGAUGCAGUUGCUGAGAAUCCGGAAGGGCUCGCCAGAGCAUCCUUCUUCGACUCGUUGCAGUUUCUUCUAAAAUAUUCCACUUUCCUUCCGACAAAAUCGCUGAGCAAACUUCUCGACUUAGUAGUCUCCGGUCUGUCCGUUGAAGCUGAUAUCAUCCAUGGAGACCUGGAAUCCGACGAGCAGGACAGCAUUCAGCACCACAAGGAGCUCUUGGAGAUGUACGGUUUCCUUCUCCAAUGGGCUCUCUCUGCAGUCGAGUUGAAGGCCGCAGAGAAACCUGCCGAAUCUGCGCCAGUCCGUCGAGGAACAGGGAAGUCAGGGAGAUCGCGGGCUCCCAAGGACAGCAACUGGGAUGGCACCGCCCAGAUUCAGGUAUCGAUGGAGACCAUGUGCAAGGUCAUGAAACUUAAACUCAGCAAAAUAUUCUUGACGACAUCAGACCGCGAUACCUUUAUCAACCUGUUUACUCGCUCCAUUUAUCUCAUUCUUGAGAGCGAGCAGCGUGUCAAGAGCAUGACGAUCCGGAUGCACGCGUUUAAAGUCCUGUGUAUCGCAGUAAAGCACCAUGGUCACGGAUUCGGGGCACAAACGUCUAUCGUCCAGAGUUUAACCUACUUCGAGCAUUUGUCAGAACCCAUGGCAGAGUUCUUACAUAUUCUCGCAGAGCAAUACGACUACCCGCAACUAUCCGACGAGAUUCUAAAGGAACUUGGAAAUAAAGAGUUCAACUCAAACGAUACCCGGGGACCGAAAUCAGUGUCUGCAUUCAUCAUCAAACUUUCAGAGCUAGCUCCAAGACUAAUCAUCAAGCAAAUGACCCUUCUAGCGAAGCAGCUUGAUAGCGAAUCAUAUACGCUGCGGUGUGCCGUCGUGGAAGUGUGUGGAAACCUAAUAGGUGAUCUCAGCAAACAAGAAGAGCGAACCGAUAACUGCAAAACGCAGAUUAACGCCUUCUUUGAUGUGCUGGAAGAGCGCUUCCUUGAUAUCAAUCCCUACUGCCGAUGUCGAGCUAUCCAGGUGUACAUGAGGAUCUGUGACCUGGAGCAGAAAUUUCCCAAACGUCGACAAGCAGCGGCAGAACUAGCGGCAAGGAGCCUUGAGGACAAGAGCAGCAAUGUGCGGCGGAAUGCCAUCAAAUUGCUUGCCAAGUUGGUGUCGACGCAUCCGUUCAGUGUCAUGCACGGUGGACAACUGUCAUUAAAGGAAUGGACGGAUCGUCUCGACGCCGUUGACGCCGAGCUCAACGCUUUGCGGCCUCCUGAGACGCCUGGAUUCGAUGCUGGAGAUGUUUCGCAUAUUGAUAGUGAACUUUUGGACGAUGCGACACAGCUACCCGAUGAUUCGCCGUCCAAGGCACCGCGCAUGACCGAAGAGGAGAAGUCUAUGGCGAUGAAGAAGGCGGCCGAGCAAGCAGCCACCUCCGAACUGCUUGCGCGACUCCAGCUAACCAGGAAGUACUACAACGAGGCGAUUCGCUUCAUCGAAGUCCUACAUUCGGCAUCCACCAUUGUUGCUCAGCUGCUCUCAUCGAGGAACAAAAGUGAAGUCAUUGAGGCGAUGGAUUUCUUUGUCAUGCUGGACGCGUACAAAGUGGAAACUGCUCGCAGUGGGAUUCGGCGUAUGCUGAGGCUUAUCUGGACCAAGGGGAACAGUGACGAAGGAAAGGGAGUUCAGACCCAUUUGAUUGACUGCUACAAGGGACUCUUCUUCGAUGCACCAGACUCCUUCAGCCCCAACGAUGCGGCGAACUACAUUGCUCGGAACAUGAUCAGUCUUACAUUUGGCUCGACACCUGCCGAAAUCACAUGUUUGGAACAACUACUCAGUACUAUGAUGAAGGCUGGCCAUAUAUCCGAGGCCGUUAUUGCCAAGCUUUGGCAGGUUUACGGCGUGCAGAAGAAGGAGAUUUCAAGGACCCAGCGACGUGGUUCAAUUAUCGUGCUCGGCAUGAUCGCCCUUGCUGAUCCCGAAGUCGUGAUCAAAGAGAUUGAGGUCAUGCUUCGAAUCGGCCUUGGAAGCUUUGGGAGAUCCGAUCUCAUCCUUGCAAAGUACACGUGCAUUGCACUGAGACGCAUGGUACCAGGACGUCAGGCCAAGUCAAAAGAGUCCAGCAUCUCUAAGCUUACGAACGGCCAUCCUGUCCUGACAAAGCUCGCCGCCAUGGUCGAAACGGUCUCGGAUAGUAAAGAAUGGUACGGCGUCGCGGAGCAAGCCAUUGGCGCGAUUUACGCUCUGUCAAAGCAUCCGGAUGUUCUUUGCUCCGAUAUUGUUAAGCGAAAGACCAGGUCUGUCUUCCAACCCCAGGUUCAACGCCCAUCUUCAAGUAGCUCUGCCAUGGAUGAAGACCAGCGACCUGGGACAGCUUCAACUGAAAAAUCGACCACCGGUCAAAAGACUUCCUCGGCCGCACUCUCUCAACUACUCUUUGUUGUUGGCCAUAUUGCAAUCAAGCAGAUCGUUCAUUUAGAAUUGUGCGAGCUUGACUUCAAGCGUCGAAAGGCUGAACAGGAAAAGAACAAACCUGCUUCCGCAGCUCAGAAUGAUGACGAAGCAGCUGAAGCUGACGAGUUAGACCUGAUCGGAGGUACGACUGAGGAUGACUUCACAGAAGCAAUGGCACAUAUUCGUGAACGGGAACUGUUGUAUGGGGCGAACUCGCUCUUAUCCAAUUUCGGACCGCUGGUUGCAGAAAUCUGUGCAAACAACAUCACGUACUCCGAUCGCAGCCUUCAAGCUGCAGCAACUAUUUGUAUGGCUAAGCUUAUGUGCGUCUCGGCCGAGUACUGUGAGAAGAACCUUCCGCUCCUCAUCACGAUCAUGGAACGUUCCGAAGAUCCCAUUGUGCGAAGUAACGCAGUCAUUGCUCUUGGUGACAUGGCAGUGUGCUUCAACCAUCUCAUCGACGAGAACACAGACUUCCUCUACCGCCGGCUCAACGAUGACGAUGCCUCCGUUAAGCGUACUUGCCUCAUGACCCUCACCUUUCUCAUCCUCGCUGGCCAAGUCAAAGUCAAGGGACAACUCGGCGAAAUGGCCAAAUGCCUGGAAGACGACGAUAAGCGAAUUGCCGACCUGGCCCGCAUGUUCUUUACAGAACUUGCCGGAAAGGACAAUGCCGUCUACAACCACUUUGUCGAUAUGUUCAGUCUUCUGAGUGCAGAACGUAAUGUCGAGGAGGGCUCUCUCCGCCGCAUCGUUAAGUUCCUCAUUGGCUUUAUUGAGAAGGAGAAGCACGCCCGCCAAUUGGCAGAGAAACUUGCUGCCCGUUUACCAAGGUGCGAGACUGAGCGGCAGUGGAACGACGUCGCGUACGCCCUCUCCCUCCUUCCUCACAAGAAUGAAGAAAUCACCAAGACAGUGGCCGGAGGGUUCAACAAGGUUGUCACAACCGCCGCAUAGUCUCCCUGCUCCUUUCGCCUCUCUCUGCGGGAACUGUACAUACACUGGAUUAUAUAUGGCUUUGUUUCUUGUUUCUUGUUUCAAGGGGUCCUACUGCUUAUAUAUGGACGGCCACGGACGGCGCAGAAUGGUUGAGGUUGCGGUUUGGGAGCACAAUUGGACAUGUAUGACUUGAUGAUAGCACUGGGAUGGGGUUUUUCGUUCUUCUAGCUCUUCAAUUCUGAUGCCAUGGGUCAGAUAUAUUUCAUUGCUCUCACUGCGUCCAGCAGUUGGUAGAAUCUUCGGUGUAGUCGACCUCUAAUAUUGUACAUGGGCGACCGAACGCGGAUAUGAUGAGGCACAGUAUUCUUGGAUUUGCAUUUCGAGAAAAGGUCCUGCCAUUUGUACUCGUGGCAACAACCAUGGAGUCUGAAUAUAUUAAAAGACGCUCAUGUCCGGUGUAAGAGAUACAAGCGGAAGUCUACCGUAGAAACGCUCAAGAAAAGGAGAGCGAAAAGAGAACCAAGAGGAGAAGAGAAAGACAGGCAUGCCACCGCGAAGGCAGUCCACUCGGGAAAAAAACCAAUUAGUAUGUAUCCUAUCACAUCUAGCACUUUGUAAUGUACGCCAAAAUCAGCCCAUGCAGGAUGAGGGGGUAUACUUCGGUUCUGUUCAGAAUGCACACUAGGCUCCCUUGACUUCACUCUCUUUCAACUCGUAGUCUGCGUUACGGAGACCCUCGAGAGCUUUCAAGCCUUCCUCGCUUAAUGUUGGUUUACCCAUAGGGGUAACGGCACCCGUGAAGAAGCGAGGUUUCCAUUCCUCAUUCUUUGCUUGUCGCUCGGCGGCCUUUUCACGCUGACGCUCUUCAAUUUCUUGCUUCAGCUUGGUAGCUUGGCUAUAUCUUUUCUCUAAAAUCGCUUCCGUAACUCCGGACCAAAACUUUCGUGACUCAUUUGAUAGCUGAGUCUCUUCCGGUGGCAGGCUCUUUGCGACAGGGAAAAGGGGCGCAAUGUCAAUCAAAAGUUGAGGUUCGGAUGACCCAGCCAGGGUAUAGUACAACUGACCGUGCCACGAUCCUGAGACUUUUGCAAGAACAUCACUCUCAGGUACGUCUUUGACCCUAGUGAUCGUAUCCUCGUCGGGGUUGUAUCGGAAAAUCACUCCUUCAACCUUGUUUUGAGCACGACUGAUCCAACCCUCUUCCAAAUACUGCAGAAUCACUUUAAUGCCCGUCUUGGCACAAACAAUAUAGCAUGUGUCUGAGACACUUAUGGAGAGUGCUCCUCGCAAAAGACCCCCAAGAUGAGCAGCCGGGUGCGUCAAUUGAUACUCCUCAUCGUCCCUCUGGCUUAUAUUGAGGAAUAUUCCAAGAUUGUGUUGGCCAGGCGACACACGGAUGCUAGUGCCUGUGAACUUAGCACUGAUCUGAUCAAAGCCACGAGCGCUAACCCCUGUUUCGGGACAGUCGAUGUAAAAUGCAGACACUGGCGGAUGGUGAGAUGUUUGCUCCGUCAAGAAGCAAACCUUGACCGGUUUUCCAGUGUCGUCCGUCACGCUUGAAACACCAUUGGCUGUAUGACUGUUGGCCAGCAAUGGUAACUUGGGAAGAGUGGAAUGAACUUCCCAACUGCACUGUAAUUUCGAGUGCGAUCAGUCGUCGAGGACAUACAAUACGCAGAGAUCCAGGCUCACCCUAAAGAAUUCGCCAAGUGUGGAAUUAUAGGGCUUGCACGGCUUGCCCUUGAUGUAUUUCUAGAUGCGUUUUAGCAAGGGUGCCAAAGGUAG